CACUUCUGCCAUACCGGGAUUGUGGCCUUCAAGUUCCUAGUUAUGAAGUUUUUAAUGUUUUCUCUGCCACCUAGGACUGUGUGGGGACCAAAUUCAUGUUAAUUUUGUGGCUGCAGUGCUAAAGAAGGAUAUGCAGAGGGAAAGGUCUGACUGUCUCCAAAAGCCACCCGUAAUCCUCUCUGUGCUGAACCACAUGUAAGUGUCAAUAAGCAUACUUGUGAGCAUGGGGGUAGCAUAGUUGGCCAGGUAGGGCAGUAAAUUUAGGGAGCCACCACCCUGUGUGGCACCCUGCCUUUGAAAAUAGCACAGUAAUAAAUAAUGCAUGCUGGUGUGCCGACCAAGCUAGCUUCACCCUGUCCAGACCUGUUGGUACAAUGUGCUUUUUUGUCUGUCUGGAAGUAUUCUGCGUCUUAGCAACCAAAGCUGUCUCUGCCCUUAGGAGCUGAAACAGAAAAGGCCAACAGUCACACAAACAGAAAGUGACAUUCCAGUCUCAGUAUCACAUCGUAACCAUUUUCCUUCUGCUUUUGCUGAUGUCCUUUUUAGCAAGAGGAAAAUUCUGUUUUCCCUGUCUAUGUUGAGAUCCAGUGGUCACAUCCUCCUGUGGUGCUUCUGCAGCAUAUAGAUAAGAUGUAUUUCAGUGUGAUUCUUUAAUCUCCCGUGUUUUUCUCAGUGGCACAAGAUCCAAUCAAAUGAACAGGAAGUGACCUAAGGAAUUCCCCUAUUGGCUGCUUGAGUGUUCAGCAAAAUGUUUUAAAAUUAGUAUCACAUCCAUUUAUCUUCACUCCUGGGAGUCUUUAGUUGACAUAACCUGUGCUUACCCAACCUACUGUUCUGUAGACAGUUUUCCCAUUGCCUCAGUUCAGGAUUUCCACUCCAGAAUCUGCAGCUAAAUGAGAUCAUGAUUUUGGAAGGAGCUGGCAGGAUGAGUAUCAAUUCCAGCAGCAAUCUACUCCACCAGCAGCCUUCCUGGACAGACGGAUAUUCCACAUGCAACGUAUCCAGUAGCUUCUAUGGAACCCAAUGGCAUGAAAUACACCCUCAGUACUGGACUAAGUUUCAAGUCUGGGAGUGGCUGCAGCACCUCCUUGAUACCAACCAACUGGAUGCCAACUGCAUACCUUUCCAGGAGUUUGAUAUCAACGGGGAACAUCUGUGUAGUAUGAGCCUGCAAGAAUUCACUCAGGCAGCUGGGACAGCAGGACAACUGCUUUACAGCAACCUCCAGCACCUAAAAUGGAAUGGUCAGUGUGGAAGUGACAUGUACCAAUCUCAUAAUGUCAUUGUGAAGACAGAGCAAACAGGUGAGUAGCAGUUGGGUAAAUUGUCUUUUGAAAAGGGGGACCCCUCUUCCAAGGGAGACAAAUCAAAGGGGCAUUAAAUAAAAUGGAAAGUGUAUAAUGCAGAAUUAAAGAAGUAAUACAAACAUCAGUCAGCGCCUUCUGAAGUUUCAGGUAAUACUACAUGGAUGGGGCCACUUUUCC